GUAUGAACACGUUGUUGACCCGCAUAUUAAUGUGCUACAUCACACCUGUGGGCUGAACCCAGACCAACCCACAGGUGUGAUGUGGCAGAUCAGUUGUUUCUGUGUGAUCAUCGAGGAUACACCUAAAGAUGGAGAGAGAUUCUGGAAAGAUGCGUGUUAUGGUGACCGGUGGCACUGGGCUGGUGGGCAAAGCCAUAGAGAAGGUGUUGAAUGAGGAAGGAGGAGCAAGAGAAGGAGAAGAAUGGAUCUUCCUUUCAUCCAAAGAUGCCAACUUAAUGGAUGUAGAAGAGACAAAAGCUGUGUUCCAGAAACAUCGUCCAACACAUGUCAUUCAUCUGGCAGCCAUGGUGGGCGGUCUCUUUAAAAACAUGAGACAGAACCUUAGCUUUUGGAGAAACAACCUCUACAUCAAUGACAACGUGCUACAGACAGCUCACGAGUUUGCAGUGAAAAAGGUUGUGUCCUGUCUUUCUACCUGCAUCUUCCCAGACAAUACCACGUACCCCAUUGAUGAGACUAUGAUUCACAAUGGCCCACCUCACGAAUCCAACUUCGGUUAUUCUUAUGCUAAACGAAUGAUAGAUGUCCACAACAGGGCUUAUUUUAAACAGUACGGUCAACAGUACACCGCCGUCAUCCCCACAAACGUCUUUGGUCCCCAUGACAACUUCAACAUAGAGGAUGGCCAUGUUCUCCCAGGACUCAUACAUAAGACCUACAUAGCACAAAAGGAUGGGACGGCUCUGGAGGUCUGGGGUUCUGGCCUUGCACGACGACAGUUUAUUUAUUCGCAUGAUUUGGCUCGACUCUUUCUUUGGGUACUCCGGGAAUACGAUGAAGUGGAACCAAUCAUAUUGUCAGUGGGAGAGGAAGACGAAGUGUCAAUCAAAGAAGCUGCAGAUGCCGUAGUCGAAGCUUUUGGGUUCAAAGGGAAAGUUGUCUAUGAUACAAGUAAAGCUGACGGGCAGUUCAAGAAAACAGCCAGCAACGCAAAACUCCGCAAAUACUGUCCAGAUUUCACCUUCACUCCUUUCAACAAAGCCAUCAAGGAGACCUGUGAAUGGUUUGUGGCCAAUUAUGACAUGGCACGCAAAUAAGGACUGAAAGACUGAAGAAUGACAUGUUUUUUUUUUUGUUUUUUUGUGUUUUUUUUGGGGUAGUUAGGACUUUAGGUCACUAAUAUUACCCCAGUUGCACUAUUACACUUACACAGAGUACAUUGGCUUAUUAUUGUUAUUAUUAUUAUUAUUAUUAUUAUUAUUAUUAUUAUUAUUUUUAUUUGAGAAAAGCUUAAAUGAUAGCUUGAUAGGAUAAGUACAAAUGAAAUACACCUGAUCAUGAAGUUAGUGGAAAAACACUCAACAACGGGGUGAUGUGAUACAGUCUCGACUCGAAGUAUACCAACACAAAGUCGAAUCCCACCCCAAAGUGUUUUAAUUCCACAUAUACACCACAGGAACGCCAACAUAAACAAGUUUAAGAACAAUGUGUCAUAUUAUUCAUAGUAAGCUUUCGUUGUGAAAGGUCUGAGAAACAAGUUUUGUUUUGUUUUAUUUAACAUCUAUUUCCUCAUCAAUCACUAUUAUAAAGGACUGACAUCUGAGAUUUCUAUCCAUGGUGCUUAAUAAAUGUCUCCACAUAGAAAUGUUCACAAUAUAAACCCCUGAUUCAGCUGUAACUUUAGAAACGAUAUAUAUCGUAUAUUUCUAUAAACCUGAUCAAUAAGAUUUUAGAAUAUAAAAUGUCAGUAAGUUUACUCAACCCUAAGUGAAGGGCAUUUCUAUACACCUUCAAUUUUGAACGCCUAGUUUCUAAUCGGAUCGGGUUUUCCCGAUGUUAAACCUUACAGCUGUUACAGUCAGAGAAUAACACAGUCAAGUUCAUUUUAAAGCAUCGCGAAUGCCUUCAAAUCACUGUAACUCUAAGUGAAGAAAACAUGUAUGGUAACAGUCGCUUAAUGCUACUUCACUGUGAUUUCAUACACACUUGUCCUCUUCAUUUUCAAGCCUUCGCCUUAGCAGUACCCCUUUCGGUCUGAGAAAGAGGUGUGGCUUGUGUCAUUUUCAUUUUCCCCACACUUAUAUAAAUAUAUCAUUAAUAUAUUAUAAUUCAAAUCCAUUGCAAAAGUGCAAUACAAGUAUGUAUUCACACCCUUUUAUUUUUCAGUUAGUCCACAUCCCUACCUCUUAACAACAAAGCAAACACCGCCUACGAGACGUUCUGGCACGUUUCAUCGUUCCCUGGCAUUUUGUUUUUAAUAGACAGGUUCUAAAAUGUCAUGAUUGUUAUCAGAGCUAAAGAGGUCGAUACACAGCUCAGAGGAAGGUCUGGGGAAGGCUACAAAAAGCUUUCUGCUGCAUUCGAGGUUCAUAAGAGCUUAAUAGCCUCUAUAAUUCUUAAAUAAAAUAAGUUUCCAUCAAAAACCAGGACUUUUUUUUAGAGCUGGUCACCUGAAAUCUUGAGCCAAGAAAUCAGGGAGAAAGGUUUUAAUAAGGACCUACUCUAAUUAGAUGAAACAUCACAGACAUGUGAAAGCUUGGUUGGGAUUUGAAUGAAUGAAUAAAUAAACAAACAAACAAAUAAAUAAAUAAAGCUACUAAAGGACAAGAAAAACUUAAUUUAUCCGGUCUGAUGAAUUGAAGUGUGAACUCUUUGGCAUAACUUACAUGCGUCAUCACUUAAUGCAAGAGUGACGAUGAAGCACGGUGGUGGUAGCAGCAUUCUCAUUAUUGGAAAAACCUGAAAAUCUACAAAGCUCGUCAUACUAAAAUCGAUAGGAAGCUGUAAUCGCUGUUAAAAGUGAUUUCAACUUGAAAUUCUGAGUUAGAGGACUUUAUACUUGCUCAAAAAUGCUAAAAUCGUUUUUCUGUUCUGUCAUUUGAAGGGUAUUGCCUGUAGAGUACUGUGCAUUUUUUUUGUGUAACAAGUGAUUGCACUGUACCUUCAAUGUUUGAUGGGUAGGGAUUCAUUUUCAUACCAUUUAAAAUAUGAGGAAGUGAAGUUUCAAAAAACUGAAGGAUUUUACACCUAAAGAAUCGUUGUUUCCUGUCCAACCCUGGUUCUUUGUCAGUUCAAAUGGAAAAUACUAUCUUCUCUACACUAAAAUAAAGAAGUUGUAGGGUUUUUUUUUGUUUAUAUAUAUAUAUAUAUAUAUAUAUAUAUGUGUGUGUGUGUGUGUGUGUGUGUGUGUGUGUGUGUGAACAUGAUUCCAAGAGUGUCAUAAUAAAAUAAAUAAUUUAAUAGAUACUUUCUUUAUGACCAAAUGUUGGAUGUGAUGGAACUUUUGUUUUUGCCGGGAUGUUAACAAUGUUUUUACUCUGAUCUGAACAGUUAGAAAAGUGUUGUGUAUAAUUUGUGAUAAGGUUGAUGAGGAUGUAAUGACAUUCUUGGGCAUCGGUGACUAAACGAAUGAAGUUUAAAUGAAGAUUCUCUGUAAAAUUAUUUUACAGCUUCAGAUUAAAUAUAUAUAUAUCUACGAAACAUGGA